AUGUCCACCGCUUUCCAUCCGCAAACCGAUAGCCAGACAGAACGAAUCAAUCAGAUCAUAGAAACCUACCUACGCUACUACGUUAACUAUCAGCAAGACAACUGGGUUCAACUGCUACCUAUGGCCCAGUUCGCCUACAACAGCGCAGUAGGAGAAAGUACAAAAGAAUCACCAUUCUAUCUGAACUAUGGAUUCAACCCAACAGCCUACGGACAACCUCGACAAGGCCCAGCAGCUUUGAAAGCUGUGGCAGACAUCAACAGACUUAAGGAGAUCCAGCAGGAACUCCCCAGAGACCUCGAAUUUGUGCGCGAACGCAUGCGCAAAUACGCCAACAAAUCAAGAGUUGAGGGACCAACUCUAAAGGAGGGGGAUAGUGUAUACCUUCUCCGCCGCAACAUCAAAACAAAACGACCAAGCGAUAAGUUGGACUUCAAGAAACUUGGACCCUUUGAAAUUACGAAGAAGGUAUCUAACGUCAACUUUAAACUCGCACUACCCGACAGCAUGAAGUGUCAUCCAGUCUUUCAUAUUUCACUACUCGAACCAGCCCUACAAGGAUUACGAACAAGCGACGUCAUCAUUAUAGAAAACAACGAGCCAGAGUACGAAGUCGAACGUAUCAUCGACCACCUUAAAGAACCCGAAGGAUAUCAAUACCUCGUCAAAUGGAAAGGAUACGGACAUGAAGAUAACACUUGGGAACCUGCGAAGAACCUCACCAACGCAACUGACGAACUCUCCGUCUAUUAG